AUGAUGGCUUCUGACGCUAGCCAUAUGCUGGAAGCAGCUUUGGAGCAGAUGGAUGACAUCAUUGCAGGUACAAAGUCAGCUACAGAGUAUGCUAAUGGUGGUUAUGAUAUUGUGUCACCUGCUCCAUCAGUAUACUUGGGCACAUUUCAAAUUUUGCAUCUCCUGGAAGAUCUAAAGAUGGCAUUGGAAAUGCUAGAGGAUCCUCAAGAGAAAGAAGCAUUGCGAAAUCAAAUUCCAGGCGCCACAGCAGUGUGCAUACGGGAGUGGUUUGAAGAGAAUCUGUCACAGGUGAAUCAUCAUUCAUCUAAUAAUGAAACUUAUCAAGAAAGAUUGGCGCGAUUAGAAGGAGAUAAAGAGUCGCUCAUACUGCAGGUGAGCGUUCUUACAGACCAGGUGGAAGCUCAAGGAGAGAAAAUCCGGGACUUAGAAAUCUGUCUUGAGGGACAUCAGUUGAAACUGAAUGCGACAGAAGAAAUGCUCCAACAGAAAGAUUUCUAUUUUCUUCCUGAGGAGUUGCUGAGUCGAACAUCACUAGAGACUCAGAAGUUAGAUCUAAUGGCUGAAGUUUCAGAUCUGAAGAUUAAGCUGGUUGGUAUGGAAAAGGAACAGAGCGAAUAUGAAGAGAAACAGAACAAAGCUGAGUCAGUAGUGAACCUGAUCAGUGAGCUACAGGAGCAGAUGUGUAAACUGCAGCUGGAAAUUAAUAGUAGAAUUCAAGAAAGAAAGUCUCAAGAUAGGAAACCAGACUUGACACCUAAUGGUCCUCAAUCUAGUUCGAGAUCAGUGGUAGAGACUCUCAGCCAGAAGAAUUGUUCUCGGUGUGAUGGUUUGCUACAGGAACUUAGACACCUCAAAAUUAAAGUGGAAGAACUGGAAAAUGAAAGAAAUCAAUACGAGUGGAAAUUAAAAGCAACUAAAGCUGAGAUAGCUCAGCUUCAAGAGGAAUUAGCCCUCAAAGAUGCAGAAAUAGAGCGCUUACAAAGUCAGCUAUCUAGGACCUCAUCGCAUAGUGAAGUGGCAGAAAGAGAUCAAGAAGUUCAACGGCUGAAGAUAGGAAUGGAAUCAUUAUUGGCUGCAAAUGAAGAAAAGGACCGCCGAAUAGAGGAGUUAACACUGUUGCUAAGCCAGUACAGGAGGGUCAAAGAGAUAAUGAUUGCUGCUCAAGGCUCUUCUGUCUCUGGUGGCAGUGAAGAGGAACUUGAGACAACUUUAAGGAAGUGGAAUCUUUUAAGUAGUCCUCAAGGAGAGUUACUGAAAACAGAGGCCUCUUCAGGAGAACUGUCACCAGCUCUGCUCUCUCCAGUGCCACACAAAGCUAUGGAAAUCAGUGGAAGCAUUCCAGUAUCUUUAACCUCUCCACAAGAAGAAUCUUCGGAAAUCACAAAUAGGGCUCCACAGAAAAAAAAGUCAAGUAGUUUAGAAGACUUGCAGAGUGAAUCCCUGGAAAAGAGUAAGCCACUUUUGAAAGGCAGCAAGUACCAAACCUUGCCGGGGAAGCUGCCUCGGCCCAUACAGAACGGAGAGCAGGGAACGUAUAAUUCUCCAGAUGGGUUUGGCACGAGUGACAAUGAGGACAACAGCAUCCUGGGACUAAAUCGCAUCAGGAGUGUCAGUGCACCAGUGCUAGGAGAAACAGAGAACGUGGAUGAUGCAGUAGUCUCGGAUGACCUUUCCCCUCUUUCUUCGGGAACAGAUUCAGGUCCACAAUCUCCGUUGUCUCCAGAAAACAGAAAGAGUCCAAAAGGGAUCAGGAAAAUCUGGGGAAAAAUAAGAAGAACUCAGUCAGGUAACUUCCCUGCAGACGACCUGGGUUUGGCAGAGUUCCGAAGAGGCGGUCUCCGUGCAACAGCAGGACCUCGAUUGUCCAGAUCAAAGGACAACAAAGGCCAGAAAAGUGACUACAAUGCUCCAUUUGCUCAGUGGAGCACUGAAAGAGUUUGUAACUGGCUUGAGGACUUUGGUCUUGGCCAGUACGUCAUUUUUGCCCGGCAGUGGGUGACUUCAGGCCAUACACUGUUAACUGCGACACCUCAGGACAUGGAAAAGGAAAUGGGAAUAAAGCAUCCACUGCACAGGAAGAAAUUAGUUUUGGCCAUUAAAUCAAUAAACACCAAACAAGAUGAGAAGUCGGCGCAACUUGAUCAUAUCUGGGUGACACGAUGGCUUGAUGAUAUUGGUUUACCUCAGUACAAAGACCAGUUCCAUGAAUCCAGAGUUGAUGGGAGAAUGUUGCAGUACUUAACUGUGAAUGACCUGCUCUUUCUGAAAGUCACCAGCCAGUUGCAUCACUUGAGUAUUAAAUGUGCCAUUCAUGUGCUGCAUGUCAACGGUUUUAACCCCCACUGCCUGCGCAGGAGACCAGUUGAAGAGAAUAACAUUUCGCCUUCUGAAGUAGUUCAGUGGUCCAAUCACAGAGUGAUGGAAUGGCUCAGAUCAGUUGAUCUGGCAGAAUAUGCACCAAACCUUCGAGGAAGUGGAGUGCACGGUGGCCUGAUCAUCCUUGAACCUCGCUUCAAUGGUGACACACUGGCAAUGCUGCUGAAUAUUCCACCUCAAAAGACCCUACUGCGGCGCCACCUCACAACCAAUUUCAACGUAUUAAUUGGACCAGAGACACAACAAGAAAAAAGAGAAAUAACUGAGUCAGCAGCAUACACACCUCUGACCACCACUGCCAAAGUUCGGCCAAAGAAACUUGGAUUUUCACAUUUUGGGAACUUAAGAAAAAAGAAAUUUGAUGAAUCAACCGACUACAUUUGUCCUGUGGAUACAAACCCAGCUGCCACAAAUGGUUCCCUGAAAAACUAUGGUGGAUACAAAGGACUUAGUCCGUUCACUGAUAAGGAACUGGAUCAGAUGGAACAUUCAGAAGGAACAGUAAUGCAAAUAGGGGCUCUUUCUCAAGGCAUAAGCCAGCUGACGACCAUGCUAAGCCAAGAUGAAAUGCUGAAUGACAGCAGAUUUUUAACACCUACCUUCGAAGACUGGAGAUGA